CGGAGAGGCGAGGCAAUCCGCACCCAUACUCUGCCCCGUUCUGCCCCCGGGCGCCUCCAGGUCGCCAGCCGGUCGCUGCGCGUGGGCUACGUCUGAGACACGUGGUUUCAAGGCCCUCGUUGCGUAUGGAAAAGUUUAUGGUUCGGGAUACAGCAGAAAAUGUUCUGCGGUGCGGGAGGGCAGAAAGAGUCCGAAACCCCGCCACCCUCGCGUCGGGCCUCAACCGCGGCUUUCACUGAAGCCGGGCCCUUCCCUGACAGUCGUCAGGACCCAGUUUCUUCCAAAUGGGCACGUUGUAGAAGAGAUUAACCACGUAUCGCAUACUGUCACACCUCUCGGAAGCCACGCAGCACGCUGAGUGGCCGAGGCAGGGCUGGCCCGCGGGUACUAGCCGAUCGCCGCCGACACCCAUUGCAGAUGCACUCUCGGCAGCCAGAGGCCUUGAAUCGCUUCCAAACACCCCCAGGUGUCCUUCUGCGGCUCUGAUUGGCACACACAGCCAAUCCGAAUAGGCCUGCUGGUCCCAGCUCGGCUUCACCGUCUCCCCAGGCAACCUGCCACGCUCCCCGAACCCGGCCCUUUAAGGGUAGCCCGGGCCUGCGCCGUCUUGGUUUCGCGCGCCCGCCCGCGGCCUUGGAGGAACGAACAUGGCCCAGGCGGCGCGGGUGGCUCGGGCGCUGUGGCCCUCUCGGUCCGCCUGGGCGGAGAGGCUGGGCGGCCGUCCCUGGCCACCACUCCUCGCGCAGAGCCGGGCGGGCUUCGCGGGGGCUGCUGGAGGCCUGGGGAGCCCUGCCGCUGCCGCCCGCAAGGGGAGCCCGCGGCUACUGGGGGUGGCGGCUUUAGCCCUGGGGGGCGCCCUGGGGCUGUACCACACCGCACGGUGGCACCUGCGCUCCCAGGACCUCCGCGCAGAGUGCUCAGCCGUUCAGCUCUCCUUGUCCAGCCUGCAGCUGACCCUGUACCAGUACAAGACCUGUCCCUUCUGCAGCAAGGUCCGUGCCUUCCUGGACUUCCACUCUCUGCCCUACCAGGUGGUGGAGGUGAACCCCGUGCGCAGGACCGAGAUCAAAUUCUCCUCAUACAGGAAGGUGCCCAUUUUGGUGGCCCAGGAAGGAGACAGCUUGCAACAACUGAACGAUUCCUCUGUCAUUAUCAGUGCCCUCAAGACCUACCUGGUGUCUGGGCAGCCCCUGGAAGAGGUCGUCACCUAUUACCCACCCAUGAAGUCUAUGAAUGACCAGGGCAAGGAGGUGACUGAGUUCUGCAACAAGUACUGGCUCAUGCUGGAUGAGAAGGAGGCCCAGCGCAUGUAUGGCGGGAAGGAGGCGAGGACGGAGGAGAUGAAGUGGCGGCAGUGGGCGGACGACUGGCUGGUGCAUCUCAUCUCACCCAACGUGUACCGCACGCCCGCCGAGGCUCUGGCCUCCUUCGACUACAUCGUGCGCGAGGGCAAGUUCGGGGCCGUGGAGGGGGCCAUGGCCAAGUACGCGGGCGCAGCCGCCAUGUACCUCAUCAGCAAGCGCCUCAAGAGCAGGCACCAUCUCCAGGACGACGUGCGUGAGGACCUCUACGAGGCUGCCAACAAGUGGGUGGCCGCAGUGGGCAAAGACCGGCCCUUCAUGGGGGGCCAGAAGCCGAACCUCGCUGACCUGGCCGUGUACGGCGUGCUGCGGGUGAUGGAGGGUCUGGAGGCCUUCGACGACCUGAUGCGGCACACGCACAUCCAGCCCUGGUACCUGCGGGUGGAGAAGGCCAUUGCCGAGGCCCCCCAGGUGCGCUGAGCGCCCCACCUGGCCAAGGGGAUGGCAGCGGAAGACGCUGGCUGCUGGGGACCGGGGCACUGGACCAGCCCCCGCCAUGCUGUGUCCUGGACGUGGCAGGGACGUCUGCCUCGGGUCCAGCGGCCCAGCCUUGGACUUCUGACCCUGAAUGCCUCUAGGGCCCCGGAUGCAGGCAAGGCCUAGGCUGGAUUCCCACUGACUACCUUUCCCUGCCCACUCCCUGCUCCCACCGGGUCCCAGGGGCCAGUCCCCCAUCCUGGGCCUCCCCAUCCUGGGCCUCCCCCGCCCUUCAACUUUCUGGUGGGUUUCUUGGCGGCUGCCCUGUGGCCACGCCCUGUGGGUGGGAUCAGACCGGCUCCCACUGGGGUCACAGGCGGGAAGCGGUUGGUGUUGGGAGGAGUCCGCUCCCCGCGCUCCAGUUUGGGCUUCCCCAGGUGCUGCCUGGGACUUGUCAUGUUUGCAAUAAAAGAAGUUUGCUGCU